UAAAAUAAUAACCCGACCCAUCAACUCUGAAUUCAUUCGCAUUCCUUUGCUGUUGACACCAGUUGUCUGUCGGACAAAUGGGCGGCGGCGAAGAAGAUGAAGCGCCGGAAUCGUCAAGGGCGGCGGCACCACGAGCAUCACUGAAAACGAUUUCCAAUUGGAAACACAAGCUGAGGGAGAAUUGCUUGAAAAGGAUCCGUGAUGACCGCUCCCGCCUGCUCUGGAAGAUGAGACUCCUUCCCAACAACAACAACAAUCAGGCUACCUUGAUCCAAUCAGCUUUACAGGCCAUUGUUUCUGAUGAACUUACUAAAAUUAACCGCGAUCUAUUAUGGGAAUAUGAUGGCCUUCCUUCCCAACCCGAGUGCGAAGAUAUUCUCUUACAAAUGCAAACUUUCUUCUAUCAAGAUCUUAUGCAACACCAAUCUACACUAGAAAGCUCUGCCAAAACUUGGGAAGACGAGGAGGACGACUACUUGGCACGUGCCGUUUAUCACCAUAUGCAGCUCAAUGAUCACCCGGUGCAACAGACGGUUUGGUGUCCCAUCUGCAAGGAGGGAGAGUUGCACGAGAACUACUCUCAUGUUUAUUGCACUUCUUGUGAACUUAAGCUACUCCGAGGGGAAGAGGUUACUUUGGAGUUGAUCCGGAAUCGGCUGGCUGAAGCUCAUGCAGAACAUCUUGAUAGGGGAUGCAAACUGACACCAAAGAUCCGCAUGGAAUCAAGAUUCAAUCUGUCUGUCUUGUACAUAGAAUGUCACAGUUGUGAUACAUUUGAGGUAGUAAUUUAGAUAAGUUUACAUGAUUUCACAGAUUCACUUCAAUUUUGCAGGAGUUUUUGUAUGUAUAUACUGUUGGGGCAUAUUCAAACUUAAUAAUGAUUUGUGUCUAUGAUUUAGUAACAUUUGUAUUCAA